AUGGGGUCACUUCCAAGAGAUCGAGUGAUGGCCAAUCGAGCGUUUUUCAACACGGGGGUUGAUUUUGCUGGACCGAUAGUCACCUUGGUAAAUAAGGUACAAGGACGUAAGAACAACAAAACACACGUAGCGUUAUACGUUUGCUUCGCUACGAAAGUUAUUAAUUUGGAGCUCACAAGUGAGCUAACUUCUGCUGCCUUUAGAGCUACCCUGAGAAGAUUUGUUGGCCGACGAGGUAAUCCACAGAAAAUAUAUAAUAACAACGGAACAAACAUCGUGGGAGAAAAUCGAGAAUUGACUAAGAUGUACAAGUUGGUCAUGGCCGAAGUACGCACGAUCAGUGAUGACGUUUUGGCACACCAAAGGAUACAAUGGAUCUUCAUACCCCGUGGCUCGCCUCACAUGGGUGGUCUCUGGGAGGCGGGAGUGAAGUCGUGCAAGCACCACUUGAAACGAACGAUGGGAAAUAAGCUUUUGAUAGACGAGGAACUCAGCCUCGUACUAGUUCAGAUAGAAGCGUAUUUGAACUCAAGGCCGCUGUGUCAAUUAUCAAACAACCCUACUGAUUUACAACCCUUGACGCCAGUACAUUUUCUGGUAGGAGAGGCUCUUACUGGCAUUCCGAAGGUUGACUUACAGGACGUCAGUAUUAAUAGACUAUUGAGAUCGCAACUAUUACAACGAAUGGUGCAAGAAUUUUGA